AGAGGUUACUAUUUCUAGUGGUGAAUUGAAUGAGAUGUUUGGCAUGGAGAAUAGUAACAAGGAGCUCACUACCCAAAAUAAUGAUCAAAACCCGUGGUAUAAUUUUGAUGAACAAAAGUGUUGGGAAGUGAUGAAUUUUCGACCCAAAUUCAAUGAAUCUGGACGGCCCAAGGUGAAUGGAAUGCAACCUCCUCAACGCCUCAUUCAAUAUAUUUCCUCCUAUAUCCUGCGUGGGCGCUCGAGCAAUCACCCUCAAAUGAGCAAAGACGAUGCCAUGCUUAUCUAUGCAAUCUUGAAGCCGGUGUCUAUCAAUUGGGGGAAGUACAUCUUGACAUACAUGAACUUGUGCCGGGCAAAGAAAAAAUCUCUACCGUACCCCAUGCUUCUCACCUAUCUUUUGAAAAGGAAGGGAUUUGAAUUUGUGAAUGCCGAGAUGGAUAGUGAACCUCCUUUUUGGAGGAUCAAGAGGUCAACAGUAAUGAGAACCAAGCUUGAUGGUGAAGAUGAAGCACGUGCAGAAACCGGAACUUCUCAGUCACGUGUGGCUUCCCGGGGUCACAAGCUCCAACAGGCCACUUACGGUUAUAACUUGAAUAAGAUGUUGGUCAAGAGUGGAGAGCAAUGGGAAACACCAUCCUUGGAAGCGCUCGCACCUUACAUGUCUCAGGGUUCUUCUUCUCAUACCGCUCCUUCUGAUGCUGAUAAUGAUGAAGACGAUGAGGAUGAUGAAGAGGAGGAUGAUAUUGCACAAGAAGAAGCGACCAUGGAUGAGGAAUGAGUGGUUGGGACUCCGUUUUUGUUAUUAUUGACUCUUUCAUUCCUUUAUGCUUUCUCUUAUCUCUUAUUGCACUUACCCUUAGCUUAACCCUUGUGUUUGUGUUUUUGACUGUGCAAUCCUAUGUGUUU